GUGGAGAGAGGUUUGUUCUUGUUGUCCGUCUGUGCGUUAACGUUUCGUGCUCGCUUUCACGUUGCGAUCGCUCGGUUUCGUUCGAUCGGUGCUCUCGGUUUUUUUCUUCCCGGACGUGCUACCCUGUCGGUGCCUAAAAAGUUUCCUCGCGUACCAACGGAAAGACGUGUGCGUGCUAGUGUUGGUAAACUUAACCUCAAAGUGUGGCGGCGGGCCACCGUUUAGCUCGUAAACAACUAAGUGCAGUGUCUCUGUGUGAUGGUGUUUCAACAUUGAGGAAGUGUAGCCGUGGCUAGGGGGGGAAGAGAGGUAGUUUCUCUUCUUUCGUUUAAUCCGGAGGAAAAAGGAGCCUCCUCGGCGUAUUCUCAACGCGGUUCUUGCUCUGUUUUACCGACCGUAUAAAGGGCACGCCACGCUCUUGGUGCCCAACGGGAUUCUUCGUGGCGUCGGCGUCACGUUUAACCUCGAUGAACGUAGAAGGCGGUCGAAGUAAGUGGUGACACGAGUAGUUAUCGUUCGGAAGGGUGAAGUUACACGUUACCGAUGAGAAUGCGGUAGAGGUGGAUGACAAACACACCGAUGGAUCAUCGUCGUGUUUCCGAGGCGGGGACCUUCUUGAUCGAAUUGCGUCGACAGAACGGCGGACAGAGCUGUCCUAAGGGUCGCUCGUCCUCGUAGCCCACGCGGGCGAUUUCAUUCGAGGUGUUUUUGUUUAUCGUUGUUAUUGUUAUUUGUUGUCGUUGGUGUGCUGCGUGACAUGAAGCAUAUCGCUUACGUGAUUUGAGAACAUAUACAACGGUGUUUGUAUUUUCUACUAGUUUGAAACCAGAGAGGAAACAUGUAUCCCAGUGCUGGAAUCAACGCUGCUGCCGUGGCCGCCGCCGCCGUUGCCAGGCAUCCGGGUCCACCGCAGCCAGGCCAGCAGUAUAAAUUCUCGAUCGGCGAGCUGUGCGAUCGUAUCAAGGAGGACUUCAACUUUCUUCAGACGCAGUAUCACAAUAUUAAAUUGGAGCUGGAGAAACUCGCCCAGGACAAGACGGAGAUGCAGCGCCACUACGUUAUGUAUUACGAGAUGUCCUACGGGCUGAACGUGGAAAUGCAUAAACAGACAGAGAUAGCGAAGAGGUUAAACGCCAUAAUUGUUCAGAUCCUGCCGUUUCUCGCCCAGGAACACCAACAACAAGUCGCUACCGCUGUUGACAGAGCCAAACAAGUGACCAUGACCGAACUCAACGCCAUUAUCGGGCAACAAAGGCCAGACCUGCCGAGGCUGAUCCAGCAGAUGCACGCCCAGCAGCUACCACCAGGUGCUUCGAUGGGUCCACAUCCAGGUAUACCUGGCCUCCCCGGCCUCGGACCUGGAGGAGGACUUCCUGUUCCUACGUCAGCCUCCGCGGCCCUUCUCGGAUUAGGUAUUCCACCGGGUGCGGCGGCCACCGCUGGAGGCACCGCUGCUCAUCCUCUUUCGAUGUUGACCAAACCGGACCUUCAUCGGGGUCAGCCGGACGACUUGAAGCACAACGGAGGUCUCAAUCCGGCCGAGGAGAGGCAUAGGAAUUCGAUAUCGCCGGCGGAACGCGAAAAGUACAGCAGGCCGCGAUCACCUGACCCCCAGCACCACGACCACAUGCCGCUGAAGAAGAUGAAGAAGGAGCAGGACAAGGACAUGGGCCAUCAAAGCGAUGGGGAAAAGAGCGACCAGGACCUGGUGGUGGACGAUGCCAGUGAGGGGCCAACGAGUCCAACGGCGAACGGGACCGCGUCGCCAAGGGAAAACGGACUCGACAAACUGGGCCCGUCCUCGGUGCCUUUGAGCAGCCAGGUGAAGAAGGAGGUGCCGCCACCGUCGCCGAGGAGCGGCACCAGCAGCAACGCCAGCACACCCUCGGCUAAGAAGAUGGAGGAACGGGAGAAACCGACCACACCGAUCUCGAAACCUGUCACGCCUACGUCAGCAGGUGGUAGCAGCUCCGGCUCCGGUGGUCUGAAACCAUCGAGUUCCAGCAAACCACUGGUCUCGGCUUCGGCGGUCGGCCCUUAUCCGCCACACUAUCCGCCGCCACAUCAACCACCCGCAGGACCUCAUGUGGACGUGCUGGGUUAUCCCUCUGCCCUGAAUGGAUAUCCCGCAAGACCGCCUCUUCAGCAACUCUACGAUCCUCACGGAAGCAUGAGGGCACCUCUUGGACCUCUCGGUGUUCCCGGUGGCAAACCAGCGUACAGUUUCCACGUGUCGAGUGAAGGCCAGAUGCAGCCGGUUCCGUUCCCGCACGAUGCUCUAAUUGGACAAGGAAUACCGCGUCAUGCGCGCCAGAUAAAUACUCUGACACACGGCGAGGUGGUGUGCGCGGUAACGAUUUCGAAUCCGACUAAAUACGUUUACACCGGUGGCAAAGGAUGCGUCAAGGUCUGGGACAUCAAUCAGGGCGGCAGCGGUAGCGCGAAACACGUUUCGCAGCUUGAUUGCCUGCAACGAGACAACUACAUCAGAUCGGUAAAACUGCUACCAGACGGCAGGACUCUAAUCGUGGGCGGUGAAGCGAGCACCCUGAGUAUCUGGGAUUUGGCGAGUCCGACGCCAAGAAUCAAGGCGGAACUGACGUCCAAUGCGCCAGCCUGUUACGCUCUCGCCAUCUCGCCCGACUCGAAAGUUUGCUUCAGCUGCUGCAGCGACGGUAACAUCGCUGUCUGGGAUAUACAGAAUCAGUCUCUGCUCAGACAAUUCCAAGGUCACACGGACGGUGCCUCCUGUAUCGACAUCUCCGCGGAUGGUUCGAAACUUUGGACCGGUGGAUUAGACAACACUGUGCGCUCGUGGGAUCUUCGAGAAGGCAGGCAGCUUCAGCAACACAACUUCACCUCGCAGAUAUUCUCGCUCGGCUACUGUCCAACCGGCGAAUGGUUGGCGGUGGGCAUGGAGAACUCGAACGUGGAGGUGAUGAACGCCACGAAACCGGACAAAUAUCAGCUUCAUUUGCACGAGUCUUGUGUACUUUCGUUACGUUUCGCUACUUGUGGCAAGUGGUUCGUCUCGACCGGCAAAGACAAUUUGCUGAACGCGUGGCGUACACCGUAUGGUGCCUCGAUAUUCCAGUCAAAGGAAUCCUCGUCGGUUCUCAGUUGCGAUAUUUCUACUGACGACAAGUAUAUCGUGACGGGAUCAGGCGACAAGAAAGCUACGGUGUACGAAGUGAUAUAUUGAACAGUUAACUGAACGUUUCAACCUCGAGACACUGGAUGUUGUCGAAUGUGCUACGCUUUUAUAAUAUUGGUGCAUACAAGAGAGAGGAAGCAGGCAUAGGAACACGAGAAGACGACAGCCUGUUCCAAGAAUACGCACGAAAGACUUAGUAGAACACGGAAGUUGAGACUCUACAAAGUGUACUAAGAGAGAUACUGUCUUUUUGUGAAUUGAUGAGUGAUACGUUAGCGUGUGUUAUAUUUGUUAAAUUUGAAUCACGCGCAGCGGCUUCCGUGUUGCACGAGAGAGAAAGAGAGUGAGAGAGAGAAAAAGAAAAAGGGAGACAGAGAGAGAGAGAG